AUCCAAAAGAAACAACUCUCCAAAACUCUCUCUCUCUCUCUCUCUAAUCAUCCAUUGUUUUCUCUUCUUCUCUUAGGCGUGGAAUUUGGCUUUCAUUACUGUCUCAAAAUCAUUUCAUUCUCUUCAUAAUUUCCACUUUCUCUCUUUCUCUUACAAACCCUAUCUCACACUCUCUUAAAGCUUUUUUUGUACUAUUUGAAGCAGACAACAUAGUCCAAGCAAUUGAUACAAUUCAUAAUCCUCUGUUUCCUCUGUUUUUUCUCUCCUUUAUUCUCUUUCAUCUUCAUAGCUUCUUUUUUUAAUAUAAAAAGAGAUAACACAAUGGAGAAAUGGAAUAAACCUUCAAGAGAUCAUAGAAAACAACAUCAAAGAGAAAACCCAUCAUUCUCUUCAUCUCUUCUUGAUGUAAUUUAUCGAUCGAUCGACGAAGGACAUCAUAAAACAGAGGAAAAAGAAGAGAAACUCAUGUUCUGUAGAGAAACAACAACAACCAUGAGGAAGAUGAAAAGUGUUGAAGCUGAAAAACCAAACUUUAGAAAAGCAAGGAAGGUUGAGAAUUGGAAUGGAAGAAACUCCUUAACAGAAUUUGAAACAAGAACAACAAGAAGCAAUUCAAACACACUCUCCAUGCAUUCAAGCUCAUCUUCUUCAGAAUCAAGUUCAGCUGGUGGUUUUUCAUCAUCUGAUUCAGAAUCAUUCUAUGGUUUACAAAAACCAAAACCAAUUAGAACAAGUGUUUCUGAAAAACCAAACAUUGAUUCAUUUCAAUAUGGUUAUAGUGCUAGAAACCAUAACUAUAACCAUAACCAUAACCAUUCUGUUCAAACUCAAAAACCAAAAAAUGAGAAUGGUUUAGGUAAAACAAAGUCCAAAGCUUUGAGAAUUUUGUAUGGUGAUUUGAAAAAAUCAAAGCAACCUAUUUCACCUGGUGCAAAAAUUGCUAGCUUUUUGAAUUCACUUUUUACUUCUAGUGGAAAUACCAAAAAACCAAAGAUACCAUCAUCAACAGCUACAAAAACUACUACAAAUUCUGUUUUGGAAGCAAAAUCAGCACAAGCUUCAACAUGUUCAUCAGUGUCUUCAUUUUCAAGGUCUUGUUUGAGUAAAACUCCUUCAUCAAGAUCAGGUGCUAAAAGAUCAGUGAGGUUUUGUCCUGUUAGUGUUAUUGUUGAUGAAGAUUGUAGGCCAUGUGGACACAAGAAUUUGCAUGAAGGUGAAAAGGGUUCUUCAAUCUAUGAUGGAAAGAAUAAUAGUAGUGAAGAGUUAAGGUUGCAUGUUUUGCAAGAGAGUUUAAGGGUUGAAGAGUUAGCAAGAGACUUGUUGAAGAAUUAUCAGAAAAAAAAUGAAGUUGAUUUUAAUAUGCAAUUUGAAGAUGAAGAUGAAGAUGAUGAUGAUGGAGCUAGUUGUUCUAGUUCUGAUUUGUUUGAAUUGGAUAAUUUAUCAGUAAUUGGGAUUGAAAGGUAUAGAGAAGAAUUACCUGUGUAUGAAACUACUCAUUUCAAUCCCAAUAGGGUUAUUGGAAAUGGUUUCAUUAUGUAAUUUUGAGAAAAUAUGGGGUUUAAUUUUAAUUUUAGAGAAUUUAAUGGUGUGGGGGUUUACAUCUGAUAAUAAGAUGGGGGUUUAUAUCUUUUUA